AUGGAAUCCCGUAAAAAAAGAGGCGAAGAGCGCCAGAAUGGCCGCCGCACCCGCGAGCUUUACAGCUUCUUCCAACCCGAACGUCAUCCCCUAGCCAAUAUAAAAAGGAUGCCUUCGAGUGAAUCAUAUACUUUGUCUGCGUCCAACGAUGGUUCCGAUCCAGCUCCCCCGUCGCCUGCAUUGUCGCCCAUACCAGUGUCCAUGCCCAAUUUGGGUCCCGUGUCGCUGUUGUCGGAAAACUUGGUCCUGGGUAAUCACAAUGCUACGCUGACCUCCUUUGCGCACCUGGCAGCAUUACGGCUGAAUGUCGACCGGGUUCUGAUCAGUGUCUCGGACCGCACCUCACAAUUCAUCCUAGCGCAAUCUACCCAAUCCUGUUCCCAGACGAAUUAUGAAGCGACGGGAAACGGAGUCUGGGGUGGUUGCUCUUCUGUGUCGUGCAGUGCAUGGCAGAUGUGUAAGUCAACCUUGGAUCUCCCACCGUCCAAUCGUGAAUCCGGACAGUAUCAUUUCAUGGUGUUGAACGACUUGAGCAAGGAUGUGCGGUACAAGAAUUUGCCAUUUGUACAGGGAGAGCCCCAUUUUCGAUUUUACGCCGGAACGCCUUUGACGACGGCCACCAACAUUAACAUCGGAUGUUUCUUUCUUUUCGAUACCAAGCCUCGCCAGGGACUCAGCGACGAGGAGAAACAAACAAUGGGCUCGUUGGGGAUGCUGGUCAUGGAUUAUCUCCGGGUGAGUCGACAAGCGUCCGAGGGCCGGCGUGCCUCACGUCUGUCUCACGGCCUCAGCUGCUUCGUCGAAGGUAGCUCCAGCUUAGUAGAUAUGGCUCACCCCUCGCACGAUGGCGCCUGUGCCCCUGGAACGCCUCCGUCCUACGCGAGAGGCAAUCAUCUCUCGGUUGGGUCGACCAAUAGCUUCGACUUCCCUUCCCGUCGAUCCCCCAGUACCGAUACCCGUUCCUUUACCUCUACAUCCGAAUACAAAACCGACCAAUGCUCGCCAGCGCCGGACUCGGCGCUACCGGAAUGGUGGUCGGGCAGCCGGCAAAAGGGACAAGAAAAUUCGCACGACCACCAUUGGGCGUUCCGACGAGCAGCCAACCUGCUGCGCGAAAGUCUCGAACUGGAUGCCGAAGGCGGGGUCAUGUUCCUGGAAGCCAGCAAUAGUCCAAUGCUGAAUGACUUUGAAAUUGGCAGUGACUACUCGGGCUAUGGGGAAACCAACAAUCCCGCCCCCGUCCUAGCUAUUUCCACCAACGAAGACCCCUUCGCGCCGCGCCCUGGCUCGAUGAUGCUUUACCCUGCGACUAACCUUGACGGCGGGUUUCUACGGCAGCUGCUGCGCCGGUAUUCCAAGGGAAAGCUGUGGUCAUUCCAUCGGGAUGGCGUGGUCUCCAGUUCGGACGACGAGAACCACUGCAGGUAUCGGUCUAGGCCCCCAGAAUUGGGCAAAGGCGGUGGUGGGAAGAAGUGGAAGACCUUUGAAAAUUCCAUGUUGAAUCUCUAUUUCCCCAACGCCACCCAGGUCAUCUUCGUACCUCUGUGGAAUGCGGCCAACUCCCAAUGGUUUGGUGGUUGCUUCUGCUGGACCACGGAGGAGACGCGUGUCUUCAAUGCCUCGGUGGAGUUGAGCUCGAUCCUAGGCUUUGGGUCUUCGGUUAUGGUGGAGUGCAACCGGGUGGAGUCACUCAUCUCCGACCGCCAGAAGGGGGAUUUUAUUGGAAGUAUCUCACACGAACUGCGUAGUCCUCUCCAUGGAAUCUUGGCGGCUGUCGAGUUCCUGAGUGAGACCCAGUUCGACGAAUUCCAGGAAUCCCUGUUGGAAACUAUCAACGCAUGUGGCCGGACCUUGUUGGAUACGAUGAAUCAAGUUUUGGAUUUCAGCAAAAUUGUCUCCUUGGAGAAGACCUGGCGUGAUACGAGGCGGGGCAGGACCGCGCCGGAUGCGAAGCCAUUGGAGAAACUGUCGGCACAUCUGGACACGAAUAUGGCGACAGAUAUUGCACUCCUGGCCGAGGAAGUGGUGGAGGGAGUCUGCGUGGGACAUUUCUACGGCCAAAAGUCCACCGCUGCGCACGACCAGUAUGUGCUCCCGGCGAAUGCAGCGGCCGCUCAGACAAACCUUCCAAAGGGGGCCGCAGCGCAACUGCGGUCAGAGGUAGAAGUGGUUGUAGAUAUCGUUCCGAACGAUUGGGUAUAUAUGGCUCAACCGGGAGCCUUGCGCCGCAUCAUCAUGAACAUCUUUGGCAACGCCAUGAAAUACACCGAAUCAGGCCGCAUCACAUUGCGCAUGGACGUGACGGAGCUAUCGGACAACCGCGCACGCCGGCACGGUGCGGAGGACUUGGUGACAUUUACGGUGUCGGACACGGGCAAAGGCAUCUCGGAAGAGUUCCUCCGCGGCCGUCUAUAUACUCCGUUCGCGCAGGAGGACACUUUAGCUGUGGGCACGGGACUGGGUCUGUCGAUUGUGCGCAGUCUGGUGCGAUCGUUGCACGGAAGCAUCAACGUCCACAGCCAGCCAGGAGAGGGAACCGUCGUCAAGGUGACGCUGCCCCUGCUACGCCUGCAGACCGAGGUAUCUGUGGAUGAUGCGAUUGAUCCUCGCGCACUAUCGCCGAGGGAGGUCGCAGAGAUAGGCGAAAAUGCUGCGCUACGCGAGUCGCACAGGGGGCGACGGGCAGCCAUCCUUGGGUUCGAGCGUGCGGCUGCCGAGCAGCACCCUUUCUGGUCCGUCAUCUCGCGCUACCUGACGGAUUGGUACGGCCUCGAGCUGGUUUCGUGGCCGUCCCCGACCCCGGUGGAUCUCGUCCUGACGAACGAGCUGGGCUUGACUUCUGGGAUGCAGCACUCCCUUCGCCGCCUCCAUAGCACUAUACCCUCUCUCCUUAUCAUCUGUAACCAAUCCAUCGACCAAACCGCACGCGUCGAAUUUGGGAUGCUCGCAAGCCGCGUGAAGAUCAUCCACCGGCCAUGCGGGCCGCAGAAGCUGGCGCAGCUCGUCCGACGAUGUUUGGAUGAGCAGCAAGGCUCAAAAACUGCCACGCCGCAGAAGAUAUUGUUGCCGGAACGGCCAUACCCUCGGAUCUUGGUAGGCAGCGAGAGCACUCCCGCCGCCAGCGAGAUGCAAGAGAGCAAGGCGGUGGUGGAUAUAUGGGACACUGCCACGGAUGUAAUGCCGGACACGGUCAGUUCGGGGGCGUCGUCGUCGUCGCUCGGGGUGCAGACACCGGCGGCGGAGAUCGAGCAGUCCCCGUUGGCGACUAUCGUGACUCCCCCGUCUCCAGUGCAACCCUGCUCACGCGCCGUCGUCCCCGGUGUUCCAGAUGAGAAGACACCGGUACCUCCGAUGCCGCGACGGGCGCGGAUCCUGGUGGUGGACGACAACUCGAUCAAUUUAAAUCUGAUGCUGAUGUUCCUGAAGAGGCGCAACCUGCACACGUUGGACUCUGCGGACAAUGGUAAAUCAGCUGUGGAUGCGGUGGAACGGAUGUUGCCGGGGUAUGACAUAAUUUUUAUGGAUAUGUCAAUGCCUGUGAUGAACGGGUUCGAAGCUACGCGGGCGAUCCGGUCGCUGGAGAAGGAACGCGACGGCGAGUCGGCGAUUAUCAUUGCGUUGACGGGACUGAGCAGCUCGCACGAUGAGACGGAGGCACUCGCAGCGGGGGUGGAUUUAUUCCUGACGAAACCAGUGUCAUUCAAGGAGGUGUCUCGGUUACUAGCAAAGUGGGAGAAUGGACUUGUCGAUCAGAUGGGAUAA